GCACAGAUACCAAAAAUAUCCCCUAAUUCACGUUCUUAUGCGUAGAUGUGCAAGAACCAGCCCCUUAGUUUGAAGAGAGUGGACACGACUCGCACUCGCUCCCAUCGUUGUAGUGCUCAUUUAUGUGCCAGGUUGAUGGCGAUGAGAGAAUCAAUUUCACCUAGACUUGGGUGCCAGUGUCGCUUGUUAUAGACUUCCCAUAAGCCUUGAUCAUUUCAAUGAGUUGUUUGCGACGGGAUGCUGGUAUAGAUACUCCCAAUAUAAUUUGGGCAACAGAGUACAUCGCCAUGAACAUAACUGUACCUGUCCAUAAAAUUGCGUUACAGAAGAGCAUCUUGAGACUAACAUUCCAAGUUUGAAGGCAAACUUGUCUACAUAGCAACCACUGGCCAAGUCUGCUCGCGGUGCUGCAUAUCUUGCUUCGGAACGAGUUCGUUUCUGUUUGGGAGACGGAUGGAAAGGCUGGGCAAAAAAUAUGGAAGACCCUUCCCUUAACGAUAACGGUGGCUGGGAUGCUAUACACGUUGGCGCUGCCGCCGUUCUAUUGCACAGUGAGCUUGUGCAACAGCUUCGAAGUCCCGGUCGACUAUUUAUCCCUGUUACUGAAGAAGAAGGCAAUUGGUUCUCAGAUAUCUAUAUUUGGAUCGUGGACAAAGAUGAAGAGGGGCAUACUACUAAAACAAAACUGUGCCCUGCUCAAUUUGUCUCCCUCAUGGAUGCUCCUAUCCUUCUUCACAGAAUGAUUCAGGACGAUGGGCAUGAUGGAGAGGUACCUACUGCAGAGGAACCAAAGUUUCGGUACCCACCUAGGACUAAUAAUAGUUGAAUAGGAUGUGUUUAGCCUAUUGGAAUAGUGAUAGGAGCACGCAAGUUGGUGAAUUUGGAUAUCAAUAUGGAAUACUCAGAGGCUGAAUGUCGUCUAUAUUCGAAAAACUAUAAGCUAACAUUUCAAUCUGCUGAGCCGAGCUGCACCUAUAGAUACG